UGGGAUCAAAAGUGCAACAACUCCGCGUUUUCUCAAUUCUCAAAUCCGCGUAUUCUCAAAUAUUGUCCAAAAGAAAAGAGGGUUCUUGUUCUUAAGCUCAACAAAAAAUCAGAUAAAAUGAAAAUUACUCUUUUUUCAUCUUUGUAGCAGCUGUUUUAUCUUCUUAUUCAUCUUGGUUCUGUUUUAUUGACAAGAAAUAUGGUGACAUCCAUACUUUUACUAGCAGUUCUUUUUACAGCUGGUUUUAUUAAUUUUUACUUCUAUUUUUCUCCCUGGAAGUUUUAUGCAUGGCUUCAAUCUUUCUUCCUUAACAGCUCUUCAUCAUCACCUGUGUCCUCUAAGACUGUUACACAGGUGAUUUCAGUGAAGGAAAGGAGUGAUUCAAAAAAGGUAGAGCAGAAAAGGGUUUUUGCCACCUUUGACAAGAAUGGUGAUGGGUUCAUAACAAAGCAAGAACUGAGGGAAUCACUAAAGAAUAUCAGGAUGUUCCUUACAGAGAAAGAGGUUGAAGAAAUGGUACUGAAAGUGGAUGCAAAUGGAGAUGGCUUGAUCGAUUUCGAUGAGUUUUGCACCUUGUGUCAGGCCAUGGAUGGUCAUCAUGAGGAAGGUGUGAGAAGAGGAGAAGAUGGAAAUGGAAUUGUUGAAGAAGGUGUCGUAGAAGGGGAAUUGAAGGAAGCUUUCGACGUGUUUGACAAAGACAAAGAUGGGUUGAUUUCAGUUGAGGAAUUGGGUUCUGUGUUGUGUUCUUUGGGGUUGCAGGAAGGGAACAAGAUGGAAGACUGCAAAGCAAUGAUCAGGAAAGUUGACAUGGAUGGAGAUGGAAUGGUUAAUUUCGACGAAUUCAAGAGGAUGAUGAAAAGUGGAGGAGGACUAGUUUCAGUAUCAGCCUUCUGAUCUCACCAAUCUUAAAGCUUAAAGCUUAAAGUAAGGCUUUUCAUCUCUCUUUCUCCAGCCCAAACUCACAAUUUAUGUACAGACAACACUUAUCGUGAUCUCCUUUCAAAUCUACAGGCGUUUGUCUGUGUUGGUUUUGUUACUUUUAACCCUUUUGAACUGGUUUAUGACACAUUAGCACAACCAUUAAAAGCUUUCACCACAACAACCCUGCCACUACCAACUUGCAACUACCAUCUUAUAUUCGUGACAGUACUUUUAACAACGUUUGUACACUAGUUCAGGUUUUAGGUCUGUCUGAAUUUGAAUGUACUGUACAUAUUUUUUAACUUUGUUGUGCACCUGUCGAAAUCUAUAUUUGUAAUCGCCACCAAACGUGUGCGGUGUGAAGGGUGUAAAUUGUAAAUGUAUUCUUGUAAAUGUAUUCCAGAUGUGUUAUCUUCAA